UGAGGAACCAACUGAUUAGAUAAAACAUGUCCUACUAUGUACAUAAUCACACUAGUCAUAGUCACAAGGUGGUUGUGAUUCAGAUCCAAGUUACAUAUUCUGUUGGUGAAACUACACAGUAAAUUUUUGAAAAUAAAUUCGUACCAUAUCAAUAAUUUUGUAUCGGCUCUGCGCCACAUGUUAUCACAGUUGAACUAUUUAUAAUGUUGUAGGGUCGAAAGCCUACACAACGCGGAUUCCAUCGCGUCGACUUAAUUAAUUUAAUUAACCAGUCUAGACAAGGUCAGAGACUGGUCUUGGCCGUGAAGGCCAACUAACUUAAUGCGGGUGAAAUACCCGCAGCCCACUAUUUAAAGAGCGUCCGAGCUCUCACUCCGAUCACAAUGUUCUUGACCCCCACGAGUCCUCUUCUAUGCACAUGUAAUUGGUAAUGUGUGCAAAUUUUUGCCAAUCGGAGACAUCAAAGUAUGCCGCUUAGUCUCCCAAUCCUGGAAUUAUGGAUCCACCCCAGUCUUAAGAGCGAGGACAUUUAUCAAUAUUUUAAGAUAUUCCAAAGACGGUGAAGGGUUAGCGGGUGUUGAUACCAUUGUUGAAAUACUGAAUUUCAAGCCGGUGAAAAUCAAAGUGUUCUUGCCGUUCAAUUGAAGAAAGGCUAAACUGGAACCUAUGGAUAUUUCCAGGCUUCCCAGAGUCAGUUAUCUCAAAUCAAUUGAUGUGAAGGACUGUGACGGACAUCAAAUCCAAUUCCUAAACAAAUUAUGUGAACUCCUAAUUCUAGCUUCAUCCACCACUUUGGAAACACUAAAUAUUUCUUGGAACAAAAAACAAAAUUUCAAUUUCAUUCAAGGCGCCAUAUUCCCGAAAUUGACGCAAUUAUGGACCCAUACUACGUAUAGGAAUCGAAUUUUUACAAUUGAGAAUUUUGGCCAAGCCAUUACUGAAUCAGUUCCAAACUUAAGAUUUCUUUCAACUAGAUGCGAUCAAUUAGUUUCGGUUUCAGGAAUGCUAUCAAGGUUUCCAUUAUCACUAAGUCGACUACAUCUGUAUGGAGGGCUGAGCAUAGAAUUUCUAGAAUGUCUGCUUGAGAUUCCCAGCAACCUUAACGAUAUUUAUCUUGAUGGUCCCUUGGAAUAUGCUAAACGAGUUGAAGAAUUGUCAAAAUUUCUUUAUAAAUUUUUGAAAAAAUAUUCCACCACGUUGGAAAAAAUUACUAUCAAUGCUUUUAAUGAAGGGAUAGAACUGGAGUGGAGAUUUCCAGUUUUUCCGGUCUUAAAAAGUUUCAAAAUAUUUGGAGGUAUGAACUUAACGAAAUCAUUCUUCGAAACCAGCCUCGGAUCCAGAUAUUUUGGAGGGAUUGAUUACAAUGUAAAUUUCCCGGUUUUGGAAAUCUUGCUUAUUUCGACCUCUUGGCACGAGUUGCCCUACGUGGCUGCAUUUCUUCCGCCGCCUGAAGAUAACUGCCAAGAAUAUCUAGUACGGGAUGUACAUUUCACACUAACAGGACCUGGUUGGACACCUGGGAAAAAGUUGGUUCAGACGGAGCUGUGUAAACGAUUGUUGAAGAUAUUCCCUAAAGCGAGAGAUUCGUUGAUGGGCGACUUAGUGAAAUUUUCCGAACGGUGUGCCCAAGAUUAGAAUAUCGGAAGACUAUAGAUAUAAAUUUUAUAAAUUAUCGCUAUUUACAUAAUUGCAAUCAGAUAUAAUUGUAAACUCUAAUUGGAGUCUCCCUCCGGUUCGGAUUGGCGAAAUGGUAUAGGAGAAACCUCGGGUUCGCAUUUGUACGUGUUCGGAUGAUUAGAAUUUCUCCAAAUGUGUUUUUUUCUAAUCGAAAUUUUAAUUUUUGAGAAUACCAAGUAUUAAAUUAUUACGUGUAAUUUUAUGAUAUUUAAUGCGUAUAAGAAAUAGCAACGUCCACAUAUGUAUUCAUUAAAGUAAUUUAUUCGUAUAAUUUAUGUACCUGGUGGUUCAGGUUGAAGUGUUAGUAAAAUAAAUGGAUACAGGUCAACGGAUUUCACAAA